AUGGCCAGUCUUCUCUCAUUCCUCAACGCCCCCAGUCAAGCUCACGCUACCGGAAAUACUGACCACUGGCCCAAAAUGGCCAACAUUGUUAAGAACGGCUUGUUCGCCCAUGUUAAGGCUCAAGAAGAACGAAAACUGGUCGACAAGCUUCGUGAUAUUGGCCUUGGUCAGUACAUCGAACUACCGCAGAUUGCAGUCAUGGGAGACACUUCCAGUGGCAAGUCGUCUCUACUGUCGGCACUUUCAGGUGUAUCCUUCCCGUCGAACGAUCAGCUCACAACUAGAUGUCCCACCCAACUCAAUUUGACCCGCGCCGACGCUUUCCGUGGUACCGUCAGGCUCAUCCGGUUCCAGUCGAAUAGUGACAGCGACGAAGGCGAAGAGAAAAAAGACCUCAAACGACUGGAAGACGUCCCCGAUGCCAUCAUCAAACUCACUCAGAAACUCGUCGAUGAAGGCCAGAGCAUCAGCGACGAUCAGAUCGUGAUCGAGAUGUGUGGGCCUGAAUUGCCCAAUCUCACACUCACUGACCUUCCAGGUCUAGUGCGCACGGUUGAUGACCAUGAAGACCAGGAUAUCAUUCCGAGAGUUCGGCAGAUGGUAAACCGAUUCAUGAAACAGGAGCGAACUGUGAUCAUUGCUGUUGUACCAGCCAAUGUGGACAUGCACAAUACCGAGAUCCUACAGGCAGCCCAAGAAGCUGAUCCAGAUGGUACACGUACCAUUGCAGUGGUGACAAAGCUGGACUUGGUGGAUGCUGGUGCUGAGUUGUCGGUACACGAAUUGCUGUUGAAUAAAAAGAAAAAAAUGCGUCUGGGCUACCACGCCGUGAAGUGCCGUAACCAGCGUGAGUUAACCAAGGGAACGAGCAUCGAGAAAGGAUUGGCAAACGAGAUGACGUUCUUUGGUCAGCAUGAAUACUGGAGUCGGUUGCCUGCACAUCUGUGGGGCGUUCAGAGGUUAACGGAUCGAUUGGUUGCAAUAUUGCAAGAUAAUAUUCGACGUUCGCUGCCGCAGGUGGUCACAGAGAUCAGCGCCCGGAUCGCUGAGACGCAGAAAUCCUUAUCAAGUUUGGGGACACCGCUGGAAACACCUGGUGCUCAGCGCCAGCAGUUUGGCAAAUGGGUUGACCAGUAUCUGCGUUUGAUGGAAGCCUCAAUGGAUGGACGGUACGAGCUACUUCCGACGUCAGUAAAGCCUGGUGACGCAGUUGCUGGCAACAAAAACGCUCGACUACGUGCUGUACUACGUGCGGAGGAAGCUGCUUUUCAGGAAUCCAUCAGUAAAACGAAAGACCACGUUACCGGAGCUAAGAGCUCGAAACUACAAGAAGAAGUUGCGGUCGGGGACUUUGUGCAGUGUGAAAUCGACGGAAUCUGGCGAAGUGGUCGCGCUAAAGAGAUCAACGGAACGGAUAUUUGCUGUCACGAACUUAAUCAAUGGAAGUCAAAGAAACACUGGCGCUUUGACGAAAUGGCUGUGCUGAAACAGUUUAUUCGCGAAAACCGUGGCGACGAGCUGGCGAUUUUCACAUCGUACCAAGUCUUUUGCAACUUAUUUCGGCAGUGUGUGGACAAGUGGGCGCCACCGACGGAAAAGCUUUUAGGUGUUUAUCGAAGUCAGACAAAGGUAGUGUCGGACUUUGUGUCCACUGAGGUCCAUGCUAGCUCGCGAGUCGUGCAGUUUAUUCAAAGUGCAGCUGCUGACGUUCUCGAUCGCGUUGUCGACGCUGCUCAUCACGAGAUGGACAUACUGCUGAGUGCUGAAGGCCGGCCGUACACUCAAGACGAACGUUUGUUUGCGGACUUGGACCAACAGCGAUUGCAAGCUCUUCAGGAACACGUGAAGACAGCUGUUCGUGCCGAUACAGCCGGAAGAGUGUUACUCAGCGAUGUUAUGAAGGCCGUUCAGGCGGUAACACUCUCUGCGGAAGAUCGAGAGGCGCAUGAGAUGCAGGCGGCACUCCAAGCUUACUUGAAUGUGGCAGUUCCUCGAUUUGUGGACGCCGUCCCGAUGCGACUGAAUGAUUUGGUUCUGCGCAAGUUCGUCACUGAAAUGACCAACGAGCUCAAUGGAUUGACGGAUGAGAAGCUGGCGAGGUUGAUGCAGGACUCCGAGCAUAUAAUGACAGAGCGUCGACAACUGAAGGACGAACUUGCGUGUCUUGCUAACGCAAAGAAGGAGAUUGAGCUCGCGUGCUAA